UCAUGGCUAAGUUGACAAACUUUCUCUCUCUAUAAAUAUAUAUAUAUAUUAUACACACACGAACUCCUUCUUCGAACCCAAUAAGAGAACUCGCUCGCUACCAUGUCUUCUCUCGCUCUCAGAAGACUAGAAUCUAGGGCUAAUACUCCAUUCACAGUGACAUAGUAUGUAGUUGAACUGAAGGAAUAAUCUUUGUUCGUUUUUGUUUUUGUUUUUGUUUAAUCGGAGGAAGAGAAAUUGGAGAAUCGAAGGUGCAAAAAUGGGGGUUUCUUUCAAGGUGGCGAGAAUGGGUACGAGGUAUAAACCGAAGUUGGUUGAGGUUGAGAAUGAUCGUUUGGAUGAGGAGGAGAAUGAGUCCUCUGAUUCUCGGUCAAGUGGUGAUCAGGGGAAUUUUUCUGGGGUUGGGAAUAAGAUUUCUGCUCUUUCAUGUGGUGUAGCUAAGAAUGCUCUUAUACCCUCAGCUUCAGAUGAUAUUGAGGUGUCCUUCUCAUUGCAUCUAUUUCCAAAUGGGUUUUCUAUUGGAAAAGUUUCUGAGUCAUUCAAUAUUGCACCGGACAAGUUGUAUCCAUACAACAGAUCGUCGGAGACACUUUUCUCUGCAAUUGAAUAUGGUUGGUUGCCUGGAGAUAUAUUUGAUGACUUGCCGAUCAAGUAUGUCAAUGGACAUGUUCUAUGUGAGAUUCAUGAUUAUCGCAAUUGUUUGUUGCAAAAAGAAGGUAUCUGUUCUAUUCAGAAGUCCCCUAUUGUUCACAGAGUGAUAUUACAAAUGUCCAUGGAGAAUGUUGUCAAGGAUAUCAUGUUAAUAUCAGAUGAUUCCUGGACCUACAACGAUCUCUUGGAAGUUGAAUCCCGCAUUGUCAAAGCCUUGCAACCUAAUCUUUGUCUGAAUCCACAACCAUCGAUGGGAAUACAUUAUGGAGAAACCCUGACAAAGAAGGUCAACUUGGAGAUAUCAUGGAGCUGGAAAAAGAGGAAACAGUGUAAUGCACCAACUACUACCAACCAGAUUUUCACCGAAGACUUAAGUCAUGCUACUCUUACACCAAGCGAUUCUGCCUGCCAGAAUGUGCAUCAAGAUGAAGGAGUAAUGCUGGCAAAGAAAGAUAUUCCAACUCCGGUUCUAGAAAAAACGAACACACAAGUCUAUCCUUUGACAUCACCUCAAAACUUUCAAUUGGAGAAGACAAGAGUUCCAUUGACUUUGGUUGGGCUUGGUGCAUCCAAUUCUUCUGUGCCUAUAAGAGCUACAAAGAAGCGAACUAUUGAUAAAACAAAACCGGCCUCAUCGAAUCUCAUUGUUACAGAAGUAUAUCAUGAUCAAGCAAUUCAACAACCUGCUAUCAAGAAACCGAAGGAAGAGCCUGUGGACUUCUCUUACCCGCAAUUUCUGGGUGAAUCCAUUACAGCCAGUGUUACACCUCAGCUACAGCGGCAGAAUGCUCUAGUGCAUCAGAAGAUUGAAGCUGGAAAAGUUCUUCCUGAGAGAUUUCAAGAUAAAGGGCACCUAUCACAGUUAUUGACAAGUCGUCUGGCUUUAACUAGGAGAGACAUCCCAUAUUCUGCAUUUGGAUCAGCUACUUCUAAUCUGAAGCAAGAAUCUUUGAACUUUCCCGGAAUAGUUCUUGGGAAUAUGGAGGAUAUGAGAGUGAACUUUACUGAUGGGGUACCGAUUCAAGGUCAGCAAGCGCUGCAUUUAUUAAAGACAGAUAACCGGAUUGAGAAUACAUUGAAGAAUCCCAUUGCUCAUGCAAUUGAAAAGCAUGGUGCAAAAGGAAAACUUUCCAGUAGAAGGAAUGUAUUGGAAAAACCUCGGUUGAUAUGUGAUGGAAGCACCGCACCAAGCUCUCAAAAUGUGGAGUCAACAAAGGCCAUUACUAUUUUAAAAAGGAAAGCAACACCUGAUGUUAAGAGCUGGAGUAUAAGCUUGUUUGACUCAAAUACUUACAGAAAACAUGUUCAAAUAGCCAAUGCAAAUCGUAUCUCAGAGGGUAUUAAUCCCUUAUCUCAUACUUCAGAAAUCAAGGGAGGUCGUAUCUUAGAGAGAUUCUCAAAGAUUAAAGAAUUGACUCAAAGGUGCAAAUUAAUUAAGAAGCCCAAGCUGGAUGAGAUGCUAGUAACUAAAGGAGAAAAUUUCCAUAAAACUGAAAAUGUUGCUUUCCACCUCUCACAUUGUGAGGAGAGUAACAUUUCAGUAGCUACGAUAUGGGAUCAAGUUUAUUCGUCUCAACUCUCCAUGGGUGCUAAUAAUGUGUGUAAAGCUAGAAUAUUGAUGUUUGUACGUCAAGAAUCUCCCGUCAUUGAAGAUGGGAUCCAUUUUCAUGGUGGAGAGACUCAUAUCAGAUUAGAACUUGCUCAGGAGUUUAACAAAAUUCAAGUGGAAGCAAAUGUACUAUAUGGAAGUAAAUACGAGGAUGCUCCCACUGUUCUGUCUCCCAUACCAACUUUUCCUUGUGCUCGUUACGCAGAACGAUUUAUUACUCAGUUUUGUUCUCUGAUGACCCGUGAAGGUUACCUCCUUGCUUACGACCAUGUACUACCCAAGUAUCCUGAGAUCGAAGGUAGACAGGAACCGAGUAGUACUGUCAACCAACCAUCCGAAACAUCUGAGCCACCUUGCAAGCCCAAUUUCAAUCCCAUGACUGCAAACAUGUCGGUUCAUAAUUCCAGCCAUUUACAGUUUAAGCAAAAUUAUCCCGAGGAGGGUGGUCAGUUACCUCUUACCGAAAAUGUACAGUCAUCUCCACAGUUCACAAGUAAUCAUUUACGGAAUCUGGACCUCGACCUCGACUUCACUGCACAACUCAGUUCCAUUACUUCACAGAUACAAGCUGUUAUCGAACGUGGCCAGCUAAGACAUCAGAUACAAGAAAGACAGAGAAUUCAAGAGCUACUUAUGCAGAGGAAGGCAAUGUUGGGAGGAGUGGCUGCUAUGAAUGCAGAGGGUUGCUUAGGCCCUAGAAAUUUCAACUUUGGCUCCGUCGGUAAUAAUGUUACAAAUCCCAUGGCUUCCAGUCAUAAUAAGAUAUACGAAGGAGCUCGUAUGCUUUCGGUUGGGAAUAUAGGUCAGAAAAACAAUCCUUGCAGCAGCAACUCGUUCGGCUUAAAUGACAACAAACGUGUUCUUGCUUCAACUCCCAGCACAGGAAAUGGUCAAUGGGGUGGUUUGGAAGAUGUAGUUCAAGGCUAUAGAAAUCCGAAACCUAAUGCAAAGCAGUGUCAGCAAGUGGGUUCAUCUCCGAGUCAACAUAAUCUCGAAUCUGUCAACUUUGGUCAGCAAGUGGGUUCUUCAUCUUCAACCGGACUUAACUCGCCACAAACCGAACAAUGCAGUCUAGAAUCUGUCAACUUCGGUCUGCAAGUACAACACUAUGCUCAACUCUUACAAACCAACCAAGGUAGUUCAGAAUCCGUCAACUUCGGUCAGCAAGCAAGUUCUUCUUUCGCUGGACUCAACUCGCAACAGUUUCCUCAACCGCCACCACAAACCAACCACCAACACAGUGUGGAAUCUGUCAACUUCAGUCAGCAUGUACAACAGUACGCCUUACUGCUACAAGCCAACCAUGGUAGUCUAGAGUCCGUCAACUUUGGUUCAUCUUCAAGUGAAGUUAACUCACAACAGUUUGCUCAACCACCACAGACCAUCCAACGACGACAACAGAAACCCAAACCAGUUUCGGUUGGGACGAGAAAGAAGAGUACCAAAGGGUCUCAGGGAACCGUGCAGACGGGUCGGAAGAAGUGACAUGUAAAGAUUAAAGUGAAACUUUUUUUUUGGUGGAAAGGGAUGAUGAUAGUGAUAUACCAAUAAUAGGAAAAAGGCAGUAGUAGUAAUACACACACUUUUUGUUAGCAAUAGAAAAAGGCUAAUCUUCUUUUUGUGUCUUUUACAUGCAAAUACUUGUAGCUUUUUGAAGCUAGGUUGGUUUGGAAGUAUAGGUUUUGUUUUUCUUUUUGAAACUCAAAUAUGAAACUAUAGCAAUUAUGAUGUAAGUACUUAGAAAUUACUCAAAUUUCAUAUUUUGUAGUGAGAAAAAAAGUGUUAAGAGUUAAAUGAAGUUGUUGAAAGAGUAUUGCUAUA